CCGAAGUUGUGCGUGCGAUUAGUGCGAUGGAGUGUUUGCGUCGGUUUGCGUGCAAGCACUCGAUCUUUUUUGUUUGAACAUUGAAACGUGGGGCGGGAUCAAUUUCAAGUAUCUAGGCAGAAUUUGACGUUGCUGAGUCGACGAGUACACUUUCACAACGGUACCAAAGACGUGCACGCGUGUGCUACACGCUAGUGUUGUUACCUGCAAAGCGCCGAUUAACUGUUCUGAAUCAAAGGUCAUAGGUGGUUGCUCGUUUUAACGCAAUAUAUUUCGGCGACGCAACGUACGGAAAGGUAAAUAAACAGGCGCUGCGACAGUAUGUCUUCGCAGGAUCGAGACGAAUGCGACACCAGCUUCGGAGUUGGGUACGAGUCUUCGGUUGACAACGAGUUCGUACAGGCGAUCGAAAUAGAAGGCUCUCGCUAUUACCUCCACACCGUAGCAAAGCCCUCUGCCGCAGAACCGACGGAGUACGAGCUUUUACUCGGCGACGGUCGUCAGUGUUUUACCGGCCACGUGCAGAUACCCGAGGGGCCAGAAGAGAAUGCACGCGCAUUCCACGCGGCGCUCACCGCGGGGGGCGGCGGUGGUCGCGAGUUCGUAUACCGUCUCAGGCCGGUCGGCGAGGAGCGAGCGCGCUUCUCGUGGCUUCGACGGGUGUCGCACGAAAUGCUGUCAAGACUGAAUGAAGUGAUUCUGCGGCGAGACCCUGACUGUGGGCCCAGGUUACUAGCGGCUGCGCUGCGUAUCGUGGAACAACGCGAUGCGAGCUUGGAUCAACUGCGCGACAAGCUACAGAAGACACAGGCCGAACAGGCGCGGACGCUGGAAGCGCUGAAAAGGAGCUUGCGCCUCAAGGAGGAACUGGAGACUGAGCUUUACACCAAGUUCAGCUUGGUGCUCAAUGCGAAGAAGCGCUUCAUCCGCGAGCGGAUUACGAAUGGACAGGCCACCACAAAAGAGGACCAAGCCCCUGGUAGCAGCACCUCUGCCAACUCAGCGGCAUCCGUGCCCGAUCUGCUCGACAGGCUUGUCUCAGGAGAGUAAGGGCAUCGCUGUGCAGCAGUGCUGCUAUAACAAUCUUUACCCUGGCUGCUUACAGCCCCUCUGAUGCAAGCACCAGCACUGUACAUUUCGCACACAAUGAUGUAUAAUACUGCACAUCUGGAAGUUCUUUAC